AAGGGUGCAGAGAAAAUGCAAUUUGCAAUUGGCUCAUCAGCUUCAAGGAGGGGUUAACCGAGAUAACCCGGAAAAGGAGGAAGAAUAGCGCCUCAGUUCCAAGUCCGAUCGUGGACUGUCAGUCUUAUCAUGGCUGGAGCUGGAGGUGACAAGCCUUUCGCCAAGGCCGGCCCAAGCCCUUUAUCUCGGGUUUUGAGAAUCAGUCAGCUGGAUGCUUUUGAACUGGAUGGUGCACUGGAACAGCUUGUUUGGUCACAGUUCACCCAAUGUUUCCAGCAUUUCAAGCCUGGGCUCUUAACCCCUGUGGAACCAGAACUCAAGGCCCUUCUCCAGCUCCUCCUGUGGAGGUUCACCAUCUACUCUAACAGUGCCACCGUGGGCCAAUCACUGCUCAAUAUCCGGUACAAGAACGCUCUGAUCCCGGGACAGAAGUACCGGGCCAUGAGCCGGCCACAGAAAUUCUGGUUUGCUCUGCUGACGGUUGGUGAAAAAUGGCUAAGAGAACGCUCCCAUAGCUUGUUCCUCAACCACCCUGCAGAAUCCAACGCACGCAAGGCCCGCAAGGUGCUCAGCAUCUUAACGGGUUUUACCAAAGUGGUCAGCCUGGUCAACUUCCUACUAUUUCUCCAAAGAGGAACCUAUCCGACACUUACCGAAAGGUUGCUGGGAGUGCAGCCCGUUUUCAGUCGACCCCAGGGACCACGAGACAUCAAUUUCCAGUUCUUGAACCGGGAGCUGUUGUGGCACGGUUUUGCUGAGUUCCUCAUCUUUUUACUACCUCUCAUAAACGUGUGGAAGCUGAAGGCCAGUGUUGCCGCUCUGUUCUCUCCUCUGAAGGAACUGAGAAAAGAGGAUGGUCCGGAGGAGACCCUCUGCACCGAGUGUGCCGUUUGCGGGGAAUGGCCCACAAUGCCCCAUUCUGCCGGCUGCAAACACAUCUUCUGCUACUAUUGCCUUAAAAGCCACACGAUUGCUGACGUCUCCUUUACCUGCCCCAAAUGCGGUGUAGAGACUGGAACGAUAGAGCCGGUCAGGCUUCAUGUAGGAACAGAGUUGCAUCAGAGUUAAGACUUUGCCUCAAACAGCCUUCUGAUUGACUUACAGCAAGAGAACUUGAGACCAAGUUGAACGUUUGAGUCUAUCACAGAGAUUGGUUGAUGAAAGCAUGUGCCUUCUUCUGAAACGAGAGCAUUUGUUGCCAUGAAAUAUGCAGAAUUUUGUACAAAGAGACAAAGUUAAUGAUGUAAAAUUCUAAAACAACAUCAUUUGUGUCGCUAAUUUAUUCAGCCUCAUUAAAGUUUGAUAGAAACUGUGUACCAGAGGUCCACUUUUCUGCAUUCUUGGAUUGAGCACUGAGCAAAUGAAUAAACAUCAAAACAAGCCUUUGCUCAACUGCCUGCACGAUCCAAUUCCCCUCAUCCCCUAUGAAGGGAGAAAUUUGCACAAGAUCAAGGAGAGGCCAUGAUAGCACCAGGGGGUACUUGGGUUGGAUGCAGAUUGACAGACAUCCCAUCAUAAUCUCCAUGGCCCUUCUUAAUACGCCAGUAAACUGUAACAAACCAGAGCAGGACCGAUGCAAGUUUUGGGCAUAUUAUGCUCUAAGCCUAAUAAUGACUGCAAAGAUGGGUAUUUAUUCUGCUGUUAACUCUCUCCAGUGAGCCAUGCCUCAGGCCAAACACAUCCAAAUGGACUCAGACCUGCUGGAAACUCACACUUCAGUUUUUUUUUUUUUUCUUCUCCCCAGACCACAUUGCUUUAAUUGCCCAUUGUGAAGGCAAUCAGUCACUUCUCUGGGCACGAGGGGUCUAGCGGUUUGCAAGAUUUUGUCAUUUUUUGUAAUCGUUGCUCUCAAGUUCACCAUGACAAAGAACUGAAAAUUGGGAACAUGGCACACCGGUCUGCCCUCAUGUGGGUUCAUUGACGUUAUUAUGCAUAUGGUCAAAUAAACGGGACCACCAAGAAGUGUAGCUCUCACUAUAUGCAGAACUAUCCAAGUUUACUUGUGCACUAGGUUAACAAUGUUCAAAAGAUAUUUAAUGUGCAACAGCAUAUGUUUAUACGCUUUGUUUUGUUUCAUAGGAUUAAAGGAAUUUGCCACCACUGUUCUGGAAAUGUUGGGUAAUGGUUGCCAAUUUACAAUAUACACAACAUAUGGUUCUGGUGUUUUUUCACAUAGAUCGGGGCCAGGGAACAUCUGUCCUUCAAAAUACAUUUGUUUAAUGACUUCAAAAGCAUCCAAAUAUAAUCUUGUAAAAUACUCUACCAGACACAAUAGACUAUUGUAUAUUUUUUUGAAACAAAUUUGCUUUCUUUUAAACUAUUAUUAUCAGCAUUCAUUUUCUUGUAUUCUUCCCCUACAGAUUUACCCUAUUCUAAGCAUUAAAUGAAAGUUUUUAAAUAAAGGAAGAUACAGAUAGCUGUA